AUGGGUUCAUCGGCGAAGCCGGCAGGGCAGCGGGUGGUGCUAGCCGUGAACGGCGCGAGGUACGAGGCCGCCGGCGUCGAGCUGUCAAUGCCGCUGCUCGAGUUCCUGCGAACACGGACCAACGUCAGGGGCCCCAAGCUCGGCUGCGGCGAAGGUGGAUGCGGCGCAUGUGUGGUCCUAAUAUCCAUGUAUGACCCAUGCACACAAGAGGUGAAUGAGUUCGCGGCAAGCUCCUGUCUGUCACUCGUUGGCACCCUGAAUUUCUGCUCGGUGACCACCAGCGAAGGCAUCGGCAACACCAAGGAUGGAUUUCACAGCGUGCAGCAGCGCCUCUCUGGUUUCCAUGCCUCUCAGUGCGGCUACUGCACCCCGGGCAUGUGCAUGUCCAUCUUCUCUGCGCUCACCAACGCCGACAAGGCGGCUGCCCGCCCUGCUCCGCCUGAGGGGUUCUCCAAGCUUACCAUCUCCGAGGCUGAGAAGUCCAUCUCGGGCAACUUGUGCCGAUGCACUGGCUAUAGGCCUAUAGUUGAUGCAUGCAAGAGUUUUGCGGCUGAUGUCGACCUUGAGGACCUGGGCCUCAACUCCUUCUGGAAGAAAGGUGCAGACCCUGCAGAUGUCAGCAAGCUGCCAGCGUACUCCAGUGCCUCCAUCUGCACCUUCCCAGACUUCCUCAAAGCUGAGAUCGAAUCUUCUGUGAAUCAAAUGGACUAUGUCCCACCCCAAAAAAAAUUAAAAAAAAUCGACAAUGUCCCAGCCCCGGUUGUGUUCAGUGACGAUGGCUGGUACUAUCCUAAGAGCAUCGCCGAACUCGAAAGGCUGCUAGAUUCCAACUGGUUUGACGAAAGCUCAGUGAAGAUUGUGGCUUCAAACACUUGCUCUGGUGUUUACAAGGAUGAAGACCUAUAUGACAAGCACAUCGACAUCAACAGGAUUCCAGAGCUUUCAGUCAUCAACAGAACCAACAAGGGUGCUGAGAUCGGAGCAGCUGUAUCCAUCUCCAAAGCCAUUGAUGUUUUCUCGGAUGAAACCCUGGUCUUCAGAAAGAUUGCUGAUCAUCUGAACAAGGUAGCAUCGCCAUUUGUUCGCAACACUGCAACCAUUGGUGGAAACAUAAUCAUGGCACAGAGGCUGCACUUACCGUCAGACAUUGCAACAGUUCUUCUGGCUGCAGGUUCAACCGUGACCGUUCAAGUGGCUUCCAAGAAGCUCUGUCUUACACUGGAGGACUUCUUGGCGCAGCCUCCAUCUGAUUCUAGGACCCUACUGGUCAGCAUAUUUGUCCCACAUUGGGGCUCAGCUAAUGUAGCCUUUGAGACUUCUCGAGCAUCACCUCGUCCAUCCGGCAACGCUAUCUCAUAUGUCAACUCUGCGUUCUUGGCAAGGCUAUCAGAGGCUGCAUCAUCAGGGAAGAUUCUCAUUGAGGAUAUAUGCUUGGCAUUUGGUGCUUAUGGAACUGAACACGCGAUCAGGGCUAGGAAUGUCGAGAACUUCCUUAAGGGAAAAUCAGUAAGUGUACCUGUAAUACUUGAAGCUGUGCGGUUGCUUAAAGAUGUUAUUAUACCAUCAGUAGGAACCACACAUCCUGAAUACAGAGUUAGCUUGGCAGUCAGUUUUCUGUUCAGUUUCCUGUCUUCCCUUGCCAACAAACUGAAUGAACCAGCAAGAGCUGAUGCUCCCAAUUUGGGAAUAAUGGAUAGUGUCAGUGUGUCCUCGCCGGGGAAGCAUGUUAACAGCGAUAGUUUGCCAAUUCGCUCAAGACAGGAACUGCUUUCCACUGACGGAUAUAAACAAAUUGGCAAGCCCAUCAAUAAAACUGGUGUAGAGCUACAAGCUUCAGGGGAAGCUGUGUACGUUGAUGACAUCCCUGUUCCUAAGGAUUGCCUCUAUGGAGCAUUCAUCUACAGCACACAUCCUCAUGCUCGUAUAAAUGGAAUCAAGUUCAGACCAUCUUUGGCUUCACAAAAGGUUAUUGCGGUUAUUGAUGCAAAGGACAUUCCAAGUGGUGGUGAAAAUGUGUUUACCAACUUUAGAAUGGUAGAAGACGAGCCGAUUUUUGCUAAUUCAGUUACUGAAUAUGCUGGUCAACUUGUUGGCAUUGUGAUUGCUGAAACACAGAAUUAUGCCUAUAUGGCGGCAAAACAAGCUAUUAUUGAGUAUAGCACCGAAAAUCUAGAGCCACCAAUUCUGACAAUAGAGGACGCGAUCCAGCAUAACAGCUUCUACAUUCCUCCCCCGUAUUUAGCUCCUAAGCCAGUUGGUGACUUUGACAAAGGAAUGUCUGAAGCUGAUUACAAGAUUUUAUCAGCAGAUGUGAAACUUGAAUCCCAGUGCUUCUUCUACUUGGAGAUGCAGGUCGCCUUAGCUAUCCCCGACGAAGAUAACUGUAUCACUGUUUACUCCUCAGUGCAAAUGCCUGAGGUCGCACAGCAAGACAUUGGAAGGUGCCUUGGCAUACCGUUCCACAAUGUUCGUGUCAUCACAAGAAGAGUUGGAGGUGGCUUUGGUGGGAAGUCAAUGAAAGCAGUGCAUGUUGCAUGUGCAUGUGCAGUUGCAGCAUUCAAGCUGCGGCGCCCUGUUCGGAUGUACCUUGACCGCAAGACGGACAUGAUAAUGACAGGAGGACGGCACCUGAUGAAGGCAAAGUACUCGGUUGGAUUCAAGUCGGACGGCACAAUAACAGCCCUGCGCCUUGAUCUCGGAAUCCAAGCCGGAAUAUGGCCUGACUACAGUCCAUUUAUGCCAUUUUCUGUUAUAGAGGCUCUGAAGAAGUACAACUGGGGUGCCCUCGCAUUUGACAUAAAGGUUUGCAGGACUAACAUAUCGCCCAAGCAGGCCAUGCGUGCACCUGGUGGAGUGCAGGGCUCCUUCAUCGCGGAAGCCAUAGUCGAGCAUGUUGCCUCAAUGCUCUCAGUCGAAACCAACACCAUCAGAAGGAAGAACCUUCAUGACUUCAAGAGCCUCAAGGUGUUCUUCGGGGACUGUGCAGGCGAGCCCUCGGCCUACAGCCUCGUCACCAUCUUCGAGAAACUGGCUUUUUCACCCGACUACCAGCAAAGGGCUGCCGCAGUCGAGCUUUUCAACAGCGGCAGCAGGUGGAAGAAGCGUGGCAUCUCCUGCGUGCCAAUCACUUAUACGGUAUUUCUCAGGCCAACUCCGGGGAGGGUGUCCAUCUUGAAAGACAGUUCCAUAGUCGUUGAGGUCGGCGGCGUUGAGAUAGGCCAAGGGCUGUGGACCAAAGUGACGCAGAUGACUGCAUUCGUGCUGGGGCAGCUAUGGCCCGAUGGUGACGAAGGACUCCUCGACAAGGUACGGGUCAUCCAGGCCGACACGCUUAGCGUGGUCCAAGGAGGUGUGACCGAUGGGAGCACUACCUCUCAGGCCAGCUGUGAGGCGGUCCGACUGUCGUGCGCUGCGCUUGUCAAGAGGCUUAAGCCUAUCAAAGAAGACCUGGAGGCCAAGUCCAGCCUGGUUACAUGGCGCUCCUUGAUUGCGCAGGCAACAACGGUGAACGUGAACUUGUCGGCGCAUGCCUACUGGCUCCCUGACCCAACUUUCACCAGCUACUUGAACUAUGGAGCAGCUGUUAGUGAGGUGGAAGUCGAUGUCUUGACAGGAGCAACCACGAUCCUCCGGAGUGACAUUCUGUUUGACUGUGGGCAGAGCCUGAAUCCAGCGAUAGACUUGGGCCAGGUCGAAGGUGCAUUUGUGUACGGGAUAGGAUUCUUCACAAAUGAGGAGUACAGGACCAACUCCGACGGCCUGCUCAUCAGUGAUGGCACGUAUUCCUACAAGAUCCCCUCAGUGGACACCAUCCCAAAGCAGUUCAACGUCGAGUUCUUCGACAGCCCCCGCAGCCAAAAGCGCAUCCUCUCCUCAAAAGCUUCUGGUGAGCCGCCCCUGCUCCUCGCGUCCUCGGUGCACUGCGCGAUGAGGGAAGCCAUCAGAGCGGCCAGGAAGGAGUUCUCGGUGUGCACCGGACCUGCGAACUCGCCGCUGACGUUCCAGAUGGACGUGCCGGCAACGAUGGCUACAGUCAAGGAGCUCUGCGGCUUUGAUGUUGUCGAGAAGUACCUCAGGAGCCUCCCCGCCACCAAGGCGUGAAGCUUCUUGGCCUAAACGCUGCACUGCAUUCUCCUCCACACUGCAUUUGUAGCACUUCUCGCUGUUUUCGGCAACAGCCUGGACUCUGUCAAGUUAGCCGUUUCAAUUACUAGCAAAUAAGCAAGAUCUGUCAGAUGUGCUUGUACACUGACGGGCCAACUAGUUAGUUAGGAGCUCCGUUGAUCCUGUCGUGGGAUGGCACGAUGACGUGGUCACCGCGAGCUUAGUGAAGGGACGUGCGUGAGGGGGGUUGGGAUGGCAGCUCCAGUAAUCUCGCCCAUGGUCCUACUUUCUUGCUUUCAGUUGUAAUCCGAUGAAUAAAAGGAAGAGAAUCAGGAAAACUUGUCUCUUA